AAUUAUUUUAUUUUACUAUAUAUCAAUUUAAUACCAUAUAUAUUUAUGGAAAAUGGCGUAUAAUAACAUGGUUCUCGUUGGUAAUUGGAGCGAAGAAAGAUUAAAGAACGAAUAUGACUUCAAGAUUUUUUUGCGUAAAAGGGAAAGAAAAGAGCUAUUGUUGCAAAGGUCAAGGACAUUGUUUAGUAAUUUACUAAAAGAGAGACCACUGGCUAUUAGUGGAACAUUUGCUCUCUUUGGGUAUAAUGUUCAGUUGGUUGCCUCUGAUAUGCCAGCUAAAACAUGUGGUGGUAAACCUCAAUAUGGCCUGGCGCUUUCUAGUCUUGUGAAGGAGAGGCAGGUUGACUUUAUGCAAAAUAUUAAUGACGGCUGUCUCAUGACCCUAUCGGCCAUCACGACGCCUUGUUGCAGAAACACCUUUGUCAUCUUAAGUGUAAAGGAUGAAAGCUUGCGAGGAGAUAAGAUAAAUUAUGGCGAUGAAUUUCUUUUAAGAGCUGAAAAUUAUGGCGAACCCGAGGCAGCCCCGUUAUAUGUUCGUUACACAACGGAGGCAGUGCCCGGGCCGGCAGAUAGGAUGCCAAUUCGACUGAGUUCUACAAAGGAUUCCAAUUGUCGAUGGACUACGAUGCCAUUGCUAGCAAAAGACCGACUAGAAGGGCUUGGCAGUCCCAUUAAGACUGGAGCAAAACUCAUAGUGAAGAAUUGUGUGGCUGACAAAAGUUUGUGUGUGAUGAAUCAGAAUUGGAUGCAAACCUUUUUCGGUCCGUAUAAACUGAAUAAGUUUCUUGAGCAAAUGAAAUCGGGUAAUUUAAUGUUGGCUCGAUUCCGUAAAAUGACUGAAAACCUUAACAAACCAACUGUAUUGACUCAGUCGUCAGGAAGUAUCGAAUUUGGUGCGAAAAUAGCCCUCCUCGCUCCCCAUGUGCCAGCUUCAGAUCCUCCCGCUGAAGAUAAAAAAGGUUUAUUAUUAGGCGGGCGUAUAUCAUCCAACGAAAUCAAUUAUUCACAAGACUUAGAAGAUGGAUGCGCGGUGGUUGGCUUGUCAGAACUUGAGCCAAUGGAACGAAAUACCUUUAUUAUAAUGAGCGCAGAUUAUUGUAAUAGAGAAGGUGAACCACUGAAGUAUAAUCAAGAAUUUCUCCUCGCAAUUAACUCUUCUGUUGAAAAGAAAAAGCCUUUGUACCUCAGAUACGACCCUAACCCGAUUCCAGGGUUGUGUGGUUUGUACCCUCUAUAUUUGAGCAAGCAUUACGUAUCGAACACUAGAUGGCGCAUCUUACCCGUUCAGAGUCCCUACAUUACUCGCUUUGAACAAGAAGGAAAACCUGUUAUGGUUAAUCAAGACAUUAUAGUAAAUCACUGUGCCACAAAUGUUAAUUUGGGUUUGAAUGUCGGAUGUUGGGUGAUGGGGUUUUAUGGAAAGGUUUGUACGCCAAUUAUGAAAACAUGCUUGGAUGUCUAUGGGAAAGAGUUACCCAAUAAUAUUUGGCAAAUUUAUAUUCCUAUCGCUAGCUAAAUCUUGAUUGUUUCUGUUUUAUAACAUUUAGU